CACGUGUAUCCGUGCACAUGUUGAAGAUCGUAAACCGUGGAGAUAGAAAGAACUAGCAAAGAGGCAAACCAAUGAAGGUCCGGUGAUCGUGAGAGGAAGGAGACUGCUGACCUGAUGUUCCAACGAGUGUGAGACAAAUAUCGGCAAGUGGGUUACUGAGAUACACAUUAUCAAGGCCGUUUCUGGCAACCGUGGCCGGUUCUACUGCUGUUAUAUUGUUGCAAUAUUUCAGUGAUGCAAUCACAGGGCAGCACUUCCUCCCAGCCCUCUGUUGAUUCGCUGAGCUCCAGUGACAGCUACCUGUUCAACCACUCUGAGCAGGCGGAGGAUGACACUGACGUCUUCCUGUCUGAACGCUCCCCCGCCGUCAUCCUCGGCACUGGGGGCAUGGUCAGGGGCAACGGGAGUGCCGGGGCAGAGAGUCCCGAGUCCCAGUGGGCGUGUGACGGCUUCACUGACCGCGAGGAGGAGGAGUCACGGGGUUCUGAGGUUAUUGGAGGUCACCCCAGGGUCACAGCUGAGAGACAGAGAACAAGCGAGACAGAGAGAGAGAAGACAGAGGGAGACCUGCUCUUUGCCCAGAAGUGUGCUGAGCUGCAGGGGUUUGUAAGGCCCCUACUGGAGCUGCUGAAUGGACUGAAGGGGGGGCGAUUUGACCGUGGUCUGAGUAGUUUCCAGCAGAGUGCAGCCAUGGACCGCAUCCAGAGGAUCGUAGGGGUCUUACGGAGACCCAGCAUCGGGGAAAAGUAUAUGAACACUCUUCUCCAGGUGGAGACGAUGCUGAAGAUGUGGUUUCCACAGGUGUCCCCCUUUGCCCCACCUACCGCCCCUACCCUCUUCCCCCCUCACCUCUCCCCCCGGGACAGCCCCAGCAGCACCCCCCCACACAGGCACAGAGACCAGUCGCACAUCCCUGUGAAGAAGCGCAGACUGAGUUGGUCAGACACAGACUCUGACACCCCUCCUCCUGUACUCUUUAAGAGGCUCAACGUCGGUGGAGGAGAGGAGAGGAGGAAGGAGGGGGGAGACGUCCCCUCGGCAACUUCAGGGGUACCCCCACACCCCCAGGACCCCACCAGCAACCAAGAGAAUGAGAGAAAGGAAGAUGAGGACAGCAAAGAGAGAGAGGGAGAGUCAUCAAGCAACAAAGCAGGGCUCUGUUCUGAGCCCGGUCCCACCUCGGUCCUUGUAGUGCCCAUCCUUUCUCCCUGGAAACCAAUGGAGGGGAAACAGCUGCUGCCUGUCAUGCCACCUCCCACCACCAGGGGCAGUCCAGCCAUGCAGGACAGCGUAAUCUCUUCCACCACGCCCUUCAACAACCUCCAAAGCCAGCAGCAGCCAAUCGGGUGCCAAAGCCAGCCUGUUGCCGGGAAGACUGGGAAAAAGACCGUAAAGACCUGUCAGUGUCGGGUCCAGGCUCAUUCAAUCACGGCAAAGCCUUUGAAAAGGGGGGAGUGUAAGAGCAGGGUUAACCCCGCCCCAUUAUAGACCUGAUGCACUGAGCACACUCCACCCAGCAGGCUAGUGUGACUACGUCAACAUGCUAAAGCUGCUGUGAUAGGGAGAGUCAGGGCUAGAAAUGGGCUGCAGUGCAAACACUUUAUGUUUAGCCCCUCAGCCCUCAGCCCUCGCACCAGCCACUCUCCCUUGGGGGAAUCCCCUUUGAAACCGGAUGCAGUUUGAUUGCCAUCUUAAGUGGAGGUCCAAUUCACUAACGUUGCCCCCUCGGCCCUCGAUUUAGCUCGAGGGAGCGAGUGAAGAACUUUGGUCACUUGUGGGGUUUAUAUGACCCACAAUUCAAUGCAAAUUGUAGUCAUGUAUCAUACUCCGGUGGCCGCGAAUGUCACGUCACUCACCACGGCUGCAUUUUCGGCCUGUCAGACAAAAUGAUGAUUCUGGGGCAAAAAAGUAUUUAGUCAGCCACCAAUUCUGCAAGUUCUCCCACUUAAAAAGAUGAGGCCUGUCAUUUUCAUCAUAGGUACACUUCAACUAUGACAGACAAAAUUAGAAAAAAAAUCCUGAAAAUCACAUUGUAGGAUUUUUAAUGAAUUUAUUUGCAAAUUGUGGAAAAUAAGUAUUUGGUCACCUACAAACAAGCAAGAUUUCUGGCUCUCACAGACCUGUAACUUCUUCUUUAAGAGGCUCCUCUGUCCUCCACUUGUUACCUGUAUUAAUGGGACCUGUUUGAACUUGUUAUCAGUAUAAAAGACACCUGUCCACAACCUCAAACAGUCACACUCCAAACUCCACUAUGGCCAAGACCAAAGAGCUGUCAAAGGACACCAGAAACAAAAUUGUAGACCUGCACCAGGCUGGGAAGACUGAAUCUGCAAUAGGUAAGCAGCUUGGUUUGAAGAAAUCAAUUGUGGGAGCAAUUAUUAGGAAAUGGAAGACAUACAAGACCACUGAUAAUCUCCCUCGGUCUGGGGCUCCACGCAAGAUCUCACCCCGUGGGGUCAAAAUGAUCACAAGAACGGUGAGCAAAAAUCCCAGAACCACACGGGGGGACCUAGUGAAGGACCUGCAGAGAGCUGGGACCAAAGUAACAAAGCCUACUAUCAGUAACACACUAUGCCGCCAGGGACUCAAAUCCUGCAGUGCCAGGCUUGUCCCCCUGCUUAAGCCAGUACAUUUCCAGGCCCGUCUGAAGUUUGCUAGAGAGCAUUUGGAUAAUCCAGAAGAAGAUUGGGAGAAUGUCAUAUGGUCAGAUGAAACCAAAAUAUAACUUUUCGGUAAAAACUCAACUCGUCAUGUUUGGAGGACAAAGAAUGCUGAGUUGCAUCCAAUGAACACCAUACCUACUGUGAAGCAUGGGGGUGGAAACAUCAUGCUUUGGGGCUGUUUUUCUGCAAAGGGACCAGGACGACUGAUCCGUGUAAAGGAAAGAAUGAAUGGGGCCAUGUAUCGUGAGAUUUUGAGUGAAAACCUCCUUCCAUCAGCAAGGGCAUUGAAGAUGAAACGUGGCUGGCUCUUUCAGCAUGACAAUGAUCCCAAACACACUGCCCGGGCAACGAAGGAGUGGCUUCGUAAGAAGCAUUUCAAGGUCCUGGAUUGGCCUAGCCAGUCUCCAGAUCUCAACCCCAUAGAAAAUCUUUGGAGGGAGUUGAAAGUCUGUGUUGCCCAGCAACAGCCCCAAAACAUCACUGCUCUAGAGGAGAUCUGCAUGGAGGAAUGGGCCAAAAUACCAGCAACAGUGUGUGAAAACCUUGUGAAGACUUACAGUAAACGUUUGACCUCUGUCAUUGCCAACAAAGGGUAUAUAACAAAGUAUUGAGAAACUUUUGUUACUGACCAAAUACUAAUUUUCCACCAUAAUUUGCAAAUAAAUUCAUAAAAAAUCCUACAAUGUGAUUUUCUGGAUUUUUUUCUCAUUUUGUCUGGCAUAGUUGAAGUGUACCUAUGAUGAAAAUUACAGGCCUCUUGUCUUUUUAAGUGGGAGAACUUGCACAAUUGGUGGCUGACUAAAUACUUUUUUGCCCCGAUGUAUAUAUGACAUUGAUUUUAGCGUUGCCAAAUUGGCUUAGUCUCGUAGUGAGGAGCCUAUAAAACCUAGCUAGCUUCAUAAACAUUUUUGGGAAUUCUGAAAUGUAUUGCAAUAAAUGACCAAACUAUAAAACUAGCUAGCCAGCUACGGAGAACUGUAGCAAGCUAGCUACGGAGAACUGUAGCUUGCCAGCUAUGGAGAACUGUAGCUAGCCAGCUACGGAGAACUGUAGCUAGCCAGCUAUGGAGAACUGUAGCUAGCCAGCUACGGAGAACUGUAGCUUGCCAGCUAUGGAGAACUGUAGCUAGCCAGCUAUGGAGAACUGUAGCUUGCCAGCUAUGGAGAACUGUAUCUUGCCAGCUAUGGAGAACUGUAGCUAGCCAGCUAUGGAGAACUGUAGCUAGCCAGCUAUGGAGAACUGUAGCUAGCCAGCUACAGAUAACUGUAGCUAGCCAGCUAUGGAGAACUGUAGCUAGCCAGCUAUGGAGAACUGUUGCUAGCUAGCUACGUUAGCUUGCUAGAUACAUGAAUAGCUGUGGGUUGGUUGUUUUUAAGCUCAACUUCCAGAUUUCCACUCAGGACGUUGCCUCCGAUCAUCACACUCUCAUUAGAAUUUGGACUGCAGCCAUGGUUUUAGGUGCUGAUGAGUUUCCUUAAUGAUGGAUCUUUUGCAACUACCUAAACGCAAUUAGGACCAUUAAUGAAAAUGAUAUCUGAGAGACUACAGUUAUUACUACAUGAGGACAGAAUGUGUCCUUGUGAAUCAUAAUCACAGUUCCAUAAAUCAGAUUUUUUUGCACAAAUUGUGGUUGUAGAUUGGAAGGUUGGUAAGCACCUCUUAUAGCCCAUCGCUUGUUUAUAGAAUAUUGGAUUUCUGAUUGACCGAAUGGUAUACUCUCUUACUCCACUUAAGAAAAGGUAAAUGCUACUAUGCAAACUUAAUCGAAACGCUGUUGGCUUAGGAAUAUUUGGGAUUCAGGGGGUUGGAGGCAAGGAGGUGAGAGGUGACGAGGAGAGGAUGGUUAGAACGACAGGUGGAAUAAGAUUUGGGGAUUAAGGAUAGUUAUAUUCCUGGAAUGAUAUUCCUGGAAUCUCCUCAGAGAUGAUGCUUCCAGUGAAUAACAGCAGACAGACAGUUCAAUAGACAGAGGCAUUACGGAUAGAAGUGAGGAAUAAUCAUUAGACUACUGAAUGACCUCUAGAGCUGAAUAACAGCAGACAGACAGUUCAAUAGACAGAGGCAUUACGGAUAGAAGUGAGGAAUAAUCAUUAGACUACUGAAUGACCUCUAGAGCUGAAUAACAGCAGACAGACAGUUCAAUAGACAGAGGCAUUACGGAUAGAAGUGAGGAAUAAUCAUUAGACUACUGAAUGACCUCUAGAGCUGAAUAACAGCAGACAGACAGUUCAAUAGACAGAGGCAUUACGGAUAGAAGUGAGGAAUAAUCAUUAGACUACUGAAUGACCUCUAGAGCUGAAUAACAGCAGACAGACAGUUCAAUAGACAGAGGCAUUACGGAUAGAAGUGAGGAAUAAUCAUUAGACUACUGAAUGACCUCUAGAGCUGAAUAACAGCAGACAGACAGUUCAAUAGACAGAGGCAUUACGGAUAGAAGUGAGGAAUAAUCAUUAGACUACUGAAUGACCUCUAGAGCUGAAUAACAGCAGACAGACAGUUCAAUAGACAGAGGCAUUACGGAUAGAAGUGAGGAAUAAUCAUUAGACUACUGAAUGACCUCUAGAGCUGAAUAACAGCAGACAGACAGUUCAAUAGACAGAGGCAUUACGGAUAGAAGUGAGGAAUAAUCAUUAGACUACUGAAUGACCUCUAGAGCUGAAUAACAGCAGACAGACAGUUCAAUAGACAGAGGCAUUACGGAUAGAAGUGAGGAAUAAUCAUUAGACUACUGAAUGACCUCUAGAGCUGAAUAACAGCAGACAGACAGUUCAAUAGACCGAGGCAUUACGGAUAGAAGUGAGGAAUAAUCAUUAGACUACUGAAUGACCUCUAGAGCUGAAUAACUGCAGACAGACAGUUCAAUAGACAGAGGCAUUACGGAUAGAAGUGAGGAAUAAUCAUUAGACUACUGAAUGACCUCUAGAGCUGAAUAACAGCAGACAGACAGUUCAAUAGACAGAGGCAUUACGGAUAGAAGUGAGGAAUAAUCAUUAGACUACUGAAUGACCUCUAGAGCUGAAUAACAUCUAAGAGGACGUGGCAGGGACCUCUACUGAAGUCUAAAGAGGUUUAGAAUCUAUUCAAUGUCAAUCCAUCAACAUGACACAAUCUGUUUGUGAAGACGGAUGCAAGGUGUUUUGGGUGAAGAUCGAUUAUGACUGAAACGAAUGAACCACAACUGGGUUUUAUUCUGUGUGGAGAAAUGUGAAGCGGGUUAUCCGGUAAACAGUAAAUCACAUUUCAAUGGCCUAACCGGUAGGGGAUAGAAUACCAAACAGACCUUAGAUCAGCUUCUAGGGACAACUUAAUCCUUUAAAUGGCUCAGUGAGAGACUCUAAAGACCACCCUGAGAGAAGAGUCCACUCACGGUCAGACAGAGACAGACAGAAAUCCUGUUUAUUUAUUCACAUGUUCACUUGACAACGCUGCAUUUAUUUAUUACCUUUAUUUAUUAAUUGGCAGCUGUGUUUCUCGCUCUUUGAACUUACAAUUGGUUGACCGAUUGGUUGACUGAUGCUCUUGGGAAAGUUGCUGUACAGCAGUUUGUUUGUAGUUUUUACUGUUAUGAUGGGACACAUUUUUUUUGGGGGGGAUGAUUGGACUUUUGUGCCUUUACCAAAUAGGAUGUGUACAAAACAACAAAGCAUUUUAUUCUUUCAAAGCAUUUUCUACUGCGUUUUGAUAAUUUGCUUGUCUUUCUUAAUAGCACAGUGCACAAUCAAUCGGAUAACACAGUACACAACGCCUAAUUCCUGCCUUCAAUCUCUUAUCUGGCUUCCAGGGGUCUGUUGGGCAAAACUAGCUACCAACAGAUCCCACAACAGCAAGGCAACCUCUACUCCAACCUGUACAGUGGUCAUGUGUACAACACAAUAGUAUUCUAUACAUAUACAUCAUAGUCUUCUAUGAACUAAUGACAGUAGCUAAUUUAUUUCCGUUUUUAGAUUGCCAGUUGCCUCUUCUCCGGGGUGUAUUUUAUAGUUGAUUAUGUAGGUCUGACUGGAGGAUAUGAUCAGUGCUUGCUAUCUCCUGUGUGCUUCUUGGCGCUCGUCAAACUUGAAAAACGUGAGGAUCAGAGCUAAAAGGGAGACCGUAUGAAUACUUAUUUUGCACCAUCAUCGUAAGCUGCUAUACAUAAUAGGACUAAAACAUGAUUGAAAUAUUCCUCAUAACAAAUCAUUAAUACACAUGUAUUUACUAAUGAAAUAUAAUUAUAUAUGCCAUUCAGCAGACGUUUUAUCCAAAGCGACUUACAGUCAUGCGUGCAUACAUUUUUACAUAUGGGUGGUCCCUGGAAUCAAACCCACUGUCCUGGCAUUGCAAGCACCAUCCUCUACCAACUGAGCUCCAGAAGAAAUACAUGAUACAGGGUUUACAAAGAGUUUACUUAUACUUAAUCAACUGUUUAUAUGUAGAGCUUCCAGUAAAGCACUGCUAAAACAAGUUCAUAUGGUUGCAUCCAUACUCCCUAUAGCUUUCUCCAAGGAGAGCCACAACUGAACACACAAUCACCGGUAGCCUCCAUGUUACCUACCUACUGUCUUUACUUGUGGCUGGGGGAUGUUUUUAUGCUUGAGGUAUAAGUUGCUCUUAAUCACAGGUCUAUGAUCAGAUUUUUCCUACCCCCAAUCCUAACGUUUAUCAUUAGGGUUUGAAAACACACCUGACCCCGGGCCUGUGGUUAAGGGCCACUUCUACCUACUUGUGUUUUUUAUACAGCUAUUUUGUGACAGAGAAACUGAUUGCACAGAUUUUUUGUGAUCUCUUUUCCAUGUAUGUUUUCUACUGCAGAGACCACCGCUGAUUGGUCAGAAAUAAUAUGUCUUGUUUAUUUCAACUGCCUUUUUAUAUCUUAGUAGAUGUUGUACUCACCCUCUCUACUCCUCCCCUUCUACUCCUCCACCCUCUCUCCUCCCCUUCUACUCCUCCUUCCUCCCCCUCUCUAUCCUCCUAUAUAAUAAUAUAAUAAUAAUAUAUGCCAUUUAGCAGACGCUUUUAUCCUCCCCUCUCUACUCCUCCACCCUCCCUCCUCCCCUUCUACUCCUCCUUCCUCCCCCUCUCUAUCCUCCUCCCCUCUCUACUCCUCCACCCUCCCUCCUCCCCUUCUACUCCUCCUUCCUCCCCCUCUCUAUCCUCCUCCCCUUCUACUCCUCCUUCCUCCCCCUCUCUAUCCUCCUCCCCUCUCUACUCCUCCACCCUCCCUCCUCCCCUUCUACUCCUCCUUCCUCCCCCUCUCUAUCCUCCUCCCCUUCUACUCCUCCUUCCUCCCCCUCUCUAUCCUCCUCCCCUUCUACUCCUCCUUCCUCCCCCUCUCUAUCCUCCUCCCCUCUCUACUCCUCCACCCUCCCUCCUCCCCUUCUACUCCUCCUUCCUCCCCCUCUCUAUCCUCCUCCCCUUCUACUCCUCCUUCCUCCCCCUCUCUAUCCUCCUCCCCUUCUACUCCUCCUUCCUCCCCCUCUCUAUCCUCCUCCCCUUCUACUCCUCCUUCCUCCCCCUCUCUAUCCUCCUCCCCUCUCUACUCCUCCCUCCCUCUCUCAUCUGUUCAUCCCUUUCUCUCUCAUCUGUUCAUCCCUUUCUCUCAUAUCUGUUCAUCCCUUUCUCUCUCAUCUGUUCAUCCCUUUCUCUCAUAUCUGUUCAUCCCUUUCUCCCCCUCUUACUUUCUCUCACUUUCUCUGUUUCUCACUCUUACUCUGCUGUCACUCUGUGUUACUCUUCUGAGUACUUUUUACAUUGAUGAUACAAAAAUAAAAUCUUUUAAUAAAU